UCUGACGUCACAGCUAGGAGGGGGUACGAGAAAAUGUGAAGUCGUAUAAAAUAUUUAUUUUUGCCACCCUAUUAAACACAGUAACUCCUCUAUACACGGCAAACAUGGCAUUUGACAGUGAUGUAGAGGCCUACUUGAACCAACUGAGUAAAAAGACUUACAGCUUGAAACAGGAUGCUCAGACUUCGGGACACUCCUUUUCUCGUCGAACAAGUACAGCAGACAAGUGCUCUGAUAGUGAAUUGAAUUUAUCUGAUGAAAAUGGUUCUCCCAUCAGAACAGAUAAAUUAUCAAGUCUUACACAGAGAAAGGAAGUGGGUUCUGUCUCGGAUAUAACAGCACUUAGUGAAAAAUACAGGGAAAGUAGGCACAAGAAACCACAUUCACAUGAUAAAUUAAGUUCUUUAGAGCAAAAAUACUUGAAAAAGCAUAAGUCCAUUAAAGAUAUUAUAGUGUCAGAGAGUUCAGAUGACCCUGAUUACAAUAAAGCAUCUCUCCAAAAGAGUGCUGAUCUUAAACUGAAGAAUAAGAGUAAUUCUAUUAAAAAAACACCAAAUUCUACCAUGCAACAAAAAAGUAUUGAUUUCAGACAUGAUAAUGUUAGUAGGACUCAUCUAAUGAGUCCGGAUUCUUCAGUUGACGAGGAGUUGGCUCAGUAUUUGAAGGAAACAUCUUUAACUGAUAACCAAAAUGAUGGAUUUCUUAAAGGUUCUGCAGUUACUAGAAGCUACUCAGUUACUGAAGACAGUGAUGGAAGCAUGGACGAAGUAAUUAAACUUGAUAAUAUUUUGACUGUUGAUGAUAUUCUGGGUCAAAUGACAGAUGAUGAAAGUAAAGCUGCUCCCAAACAUGCAAUUAAUAAAUGUGAAAGUGACCAUUCUAGUGAGUCCCAAAUAUCCACACUGACUGACAAUUUGAAAACAGUUCACGACAAUGUUUACCCUACACACAAAGGUAACAACAACAUGAAAAAUAAAAGUGCAGUCUCAGGUUCAACUGCUAUAAAGGAUAAAUCAUCAUUAAACACUCUUAACAAUGACAAGGAGGGAAGCUUGUUGGUAAAGUCUACGGAAGGUUGUUUUUACUCAAAGUCUCAUCACGUUGAUAAAGACUUUAGUAAACCUGUGGGAAUGCUUUUAGCACAAACUUCAAACGAUGUCUUUCACUCAACUCGGAGAAAAUCUUUGAUUGAAUUUAAUACAGAGGGUAUAGUAAAACCCAUACUAUCAAAAUCCAGUAUCAAAAAUACAAAUAAGAAGGUGAAGCCAAAGUUGUAUUCAGAGGAUAGUGUUGUAGAGAGUAUUGCUUCUUCCAUUGAGAGCAGUUUAGCAACAUCUGUAGUGGAAGAAAAUAGUAGUGUCUGUGCUAGUGUGGGUCAAUCUGUAGAAGAAAAUUUGGUUAAGGAAGCAUUUGAUAGUCCGGUAGAAAGACCACCAACUGAUGCAUCAGAAAAUAGUUCAGAAACUGAUGAAAGUAUUUCUUUAAAAAUGGCUUCCCAAAAUACCAGUACAAGAAAAAAUUCACAAGAUAAGAUUUUGGAAGUAAAAAAUCCCACAAAACAUUCUACAAGAAAACAUAAAGAAUUAGAUUUAUCCUGUAAAAGCAACAGUCAGAAACAGACCAUUAUUUCAGAUCAAGAAGAAAGUAUGGGAAAUAGAAAAUUAAGUAGAAAGUCAAAAAAGACCAAGAAGUAUUCUCAAAAACAAUCUAAAAGUAAAAAGAAGCACAGAUCGUCCUCUUCUGAGUCACCAAGCAGCAGUGAGACAGUUUCUGACUCACAAGUUGAGCGACAUCACAGACAUUAUUCACGCAGUCAUAGACAUAAAUGGAACUCCGAUUUUAAUCCGUGGUUUGGACCACCUUACAUACAACCAUGGCCUCCCCACUACCACCAACAUACAUACCCAACACCAGCAGGGAUUUACAAUCAUUAUCCCAGCCCUACUCUAGUUGAAGGGUUAUUGGGACAAGGUGGUGUAGGAGUAAAAGAACUGAUGCAUCAGCAGGUAGCCUUAACAAGACAGUUCCUGGACAGUCAACGGGCACUGUAUCAUGCCUACACUGCCACUCUCACUUCCUCCCAUCACUACACAUCUCUCAACAACACAGAAAAGUAUAUAAAGAAGAGGAAACCUCCUCUAACAUUCAGUGAAGCUUACAAGAUUGUCCAAGAAGAAAUGAAGGCAUCAGAAUAAUGGUUCUUUUCAAUACUGCACUGUACAUAAAUUAAUGUUCAGUCAAUCGAAGUACUGUACCGUCCACAUAUCUGAGGGUUGGUGACCACAGUCCUCCACUCAAAACGUUCUCAGGCUGUUUUUACCAAUCUUCUAAGGUUUUGUAUCUCUCUAGGGAACCAGUUUUUCAUUUCAUUCAUCAUACACUCCUGCCUCAUCCCUAAUUAUAUGACCAAAGUAUCUCACUUUUCUCUUUCUCUACAUUUCAACACGAAAAUUAAUGUUACUGUAUAUUGAAAAGUUAUUAAAUAUACUAUUUUC